CUUCAGUACAGUAUGGGCACAAAGACAGCAGUUUUGCUCUUCUGGCUUCAGGUUUGGGUUUUCGUGUUUGCUGAUGUUUGGAAGACAAAAGUAGAGCACGAAAUGAAGGCUUUGGUCUCAUCUUGUGUUGUGUUGCCCUGUUCAUUCCAAUACCCCGGAACAAGACAGCCCUCUGAUCGUACGAGAGGUAUUUGGCACAAAAACGACAAAUGGGAUGACUACGUCUAUUAUGAGGAUCCCACAAGAAUCGUAGAGAUUUUCAAGGGUCGCACCAGACUGGUUGGACGACUGGGUGAAUUAAACUGCUCACUGGAGAUCGAUGAAGUCAAAGGCCAUGACAACGGACCAUUUUGUUUUAGAGUUGAAUUACAGACAUCAGAAAAAGACAAAUACUCCUUUGUGGACAAUUGUGUACACAUUAAUAUGAUUGAGGAAGCCUCACAACCGGAGCUGAAUUCGGACGAGGCUGUACAGGAGGGUAAUCCUGUGAUAUUCAGAUGCUCUGUCAGGCACACUUGCCCCUCCCACCAACCCAAUCUCACCUGGAAUCACAUUGGCAAAGAGAUGAUUACCUAUAACGAUAUUGGUCAUGGAAACUGGGAAGUUGAGUCUAUUCUGACCUUCACACCCACAAAAGACGACGAUCACGCCGAUAUCACGUGUACAGUCAGUUAUCAUGGUGUCAGGGAUAAAUUUGCAGCCAGCCGUCCCAUCUUUGUGAAAGGUAUAUAGGAAGUUAUGGUCUUCUUUUUAAAUGCGAAUAUAAAUUUACAAACCCCUUCAUCAGGGGAGAUGUUUGUUCUGUGAUAAUU